AUGGCCAAGAAGUGGCACUUGACCCGGAAGGAAAUCGAAGAUGGAACCGGACGUGAGGUAAUCCUGUUCGGAUGGGGCAAUGAAGCCCACCAUCCGGCUAUUAAGAACACGAGCUUCUAUCAGAAUGGCGACGCCCUCGAACAUUGGGACCUCUCUAUGCACCACGUCUUCAAAGCUCGAUUCAGUGGUAGAAAGCCCUCGUUCCUGACGUCCAUGGCAGCACUUGGUCUGCCAUACAAGAUCAACAACUACAGCAUCGCAAACAACGCCGGCAACCACUCCGCCUUCGCCAUGCACUUGCUGCUCGCCCUGAGCUACAUGACCGAUAAGCAGAGUGAGACACUCCACAGACGCGAGAACCUGCCGCCUUUGGAUGUGUAG